AUACAUUUUCCGCCCUCCUCUUCUCCGUCUGUUUCCCUCUCUAAAAUCUCUCCAUAGAAUAAAAUGGAGUGUACAUCGCUUACUCUUACAGGAAAGUAAAUGGAGAUCGAAGGACUAGACGGUUCCACAAUUCUGGUUAGAAAUGGUAUCAAGGAAGUGUUUGGAAGGGGUUUAGGGUUUCCUUCAGACGAUAGAACUGUUUCUCGUCGCCACGUUUCAUUUGAACUUGACAGCACUGCUGAGAAGGAUGUCAGCGAAGAUUUUGAACCUAGGGUUUCGUUUGAAGUUCUCGGGAAAAAUCCUAUUUGGGUGUUAAGCCGUGGUAGCGGGGAAGUCAGGACUUUUAUGAGGUUCGACAAAGGGAAAAUGAGCGUCGGUGAUAGGUUCUGUGUCUCUGCAAAGGAGCCCAUCGUAUUUACUCUGAAGAGAAGUGGGUUCGAAGGACAUAAAGAAAAGGAGAAGAAGGUUUCGGAGGCAGUGGAGCGGGGAAAAAAGGAGAAAGAAUUGGCAGAUAGUAUAAGUUGCAAUGGAGAGAUUAGAGGGGACGAGGAUUUUGGGCUCGAGCUUUUUGAUGUUACAGAUAUUGAUCCAGUUAAAGAGUUUGGGUUUGUGGUGAUGGGACAUGAGUUUGACAAUUACCCAAGGCAAAAGAUCCGUGAUAUUGAGUACUGGGACUGGUUCCUUGAAGAACUAGAGGAAGAGAGUGAAGAUGAGGAGCUUCUUGAGAAAGAUAGUUCAAAGAGGAAGAAGGGUAUAGGGAGAAAGAAGAAGAAAAAAGAUGAGGAAAAUGAGGAUGAAGACUGGAUGGGUGAGAGCAAGGAUGACAAAAUGCUAAUUGCAAAAUUUAGAAAAGCCAAAAGACCUAAAUAUUCUACAACUAGGUCGAGGAACCAUGAGAAAAGCUCAAAGGAUGUAGUAAGUAGUAAAAUGUUGGUUCAGGAGAAAUUAACAAAACCUAGUGAACAUGAGGAUGAUACCCUAGGUGGUUUCAUUGUUAAUGAUGAUGAAUUAGAAGAAGAUUUUGAUGAAGAAGAAGAAGAGGAGGAGGAGGAGGAGGAGGAAGAUUAUGAUGAAGAUGAUAUCAUUGAGGAAGAGAGAUAAUAUUGAAAUGGAUACAUAAGAUGGAAUGUGUACUUAACAUGAUGUAUAUUUUGUAGGCUACAAAUUUGUAUAAGAGGAAGAUAUACUUUGUAGUCCAUAAAAUAAUGUUUUAUAGUUUUUCUUUCUUUAUCUUAAAGAAUAAUCAUGUAAUAUGUUCUACUUUUAAUUUUAGCUCAUCUCUUUUUGUAGGAUGAAUUUGUUCACAACUUUGUUGGGAUAAAUGAAGGUGCUUUUAGAUUAGCACCUGACAACAAUAUGUUAGUAUAAAUUAUUUGAGUUAUAUUGCACUCCUA